UUCGAUAUUGUCUAUGAUAUUGUACAACGGUUUACGUCAUUACCGUCGGAUACAUUUUAUUUUUCUAAUUAAUGCUAAUCAAAGUUCAUAAUGCGGAAAUCUAUUGGUUUGCUGGAAAAACCGAGACAAGAACAUAAUUUUGAAAUGUCGCCUUGGAAAUUAUCUAUGCACCCAAAUUGUAUGAAUAGAGGUGUGGAGGCAAAAGCGAACAACGUCCUCGACGAGGACAGCGAGGCGCCGAGUCGUUCGCCCCCCGCAACUGACCUCUCCUCCGCUUCAUACGUGCAGGUCGUCGUGCAGAAGCAAAGACGUGGUCCCUGUCGUUCGCCAUCGAGAUUGGACGGCGCGCCGUCGGCCGUGCAGCAGAUGACACAAGCGUCGGAGGGAGAGACGGGCGCGCGGCUAGCGGCGGCGGCGGCGCACUGCCCUGGCCUCAGAGCGCUGUUGCAACUGCCUCCCGGCGCAAAAGCUGCCGGCGCAGACGCUCCGUCUGGCCAUGGCCCUAUUCGCGCGAAAAACACCGAAUGCGGUGUAUGGAAGAAGCUGGGCGACGUCGCCGCCGGCAAGGAGACUUCGUGUGGAGUGGACGGUGAGUCUGGUUUGGCGACCGAAGUGGGGUUAGGCGGUAAACUGAGGCGUGUGGUGUGCAGGGCCAGCACGCGUGGCGCUCUUCCGACUGGAAAGGGGCGAGGUAUUGAGCGCGGUUCGCAGCUGGGAUCCGGCGGGUCGGGGCUCCCGCGUCGAGCGCCUAGCGCGUCAGCUAGCCGCACCCGCCGUCGACCUGCUGGACGAACUGCUCGCGCUGUUGCGAAUCCUCUUCACCCUGCCCGUGCACGUCAUCCUCAGGGUUGGAAGGUAUAUAGAUUAAGAGCGUUCGACCGUCGACGUGUCGCAAACAUCAUUAAAAACAAGUUUUCUGACAGAUGCACCCUAUCUACGUCCGUGUGGGCGGCGAGCGGCGCGCUGCAGGCGUUGGCAGACGAGGUGCUGACUCCGACGCUGGCGCUGAGCUUCAACGCCCUGGCCAGGCCUCCGUUAGUGCUGGCGACGCACUUCGCGCUAGCGCUGCGUGAUGCUAUGCGCCCGCUGUGGCUGGCGUUCGCCGACGCCCUGGAGCCGCUUAAUCGCGUGUUAACCGGCUUCCACCUCGUCCACAUCGAGAGGGCUUCCCACCGUCCUCAGCUGCAACACGUCUGACGGCCGGGCCU